AUGGCCUCCCUGCCGUCCUCGUCGACGGGCCCUGCGACGACGGCGGCCAGCGCGACGGCGGCCGACGACAAGGAUCUGGCCCCCUCGGCCUCGGCAGCCGCCGACAUGCCUGUCCGCACCAAGGAGUCCUUCAGCAGGCUCAUGGUGGAGCGCUACACCACGCGCGACGCCCUCGCCGCCGCCGCCCUUGGCCAGCAGCUCCAGCAGACGAGAAAGUCGUCGCAGGAGACUCGCGAAAGGAUCCAAGAGUACCGCAUGCUGCGCAACGAGUACAAGCCGUGGUUCCCCCCGAGCAGGCUCUACGGCGAGGGCUACAACGGCUUCGCCAACGGCUACACCGAGAACCAGACCCAUCCGCCCUCGUCGCGCAUCGUCUAUCCUUCGCAGAAGCCCCGCCCUGGCCGCCGCACCACCCCGGUUUUCAAGUACACGCGCAAGGACAUGCUCAAGCAGGCAGACCAACACGAGGAGCUUGUUCCCCUGCGCCUCGAGGUCGAGUGGGACAAGAUCAGGCUGCGCGAUACCCUCACCUGGAACCUGCACGAGCGCAUCCUCCACGUCGAGCUCUUCGCCGCCCAGUUGGUCGAGGACAUGGGCCUCAAACCCCCCGCCGCCCAGCCCGUUUACGAGCAGAUUGUCCACCAGAUGCGCGAGCAGCUCAACGACUUCUACCCCUUUGCCUUUUCCGACGAGGACGCCCUGGACCCCGAACUCCCCUACGCGGCAUACAAAAACGACGAGAUGCGCGUCCUCAUCAAGCUCAACAUCACAAUCGGUCAGCACACCCUCGUCGACCAGUUCGAAUGGGAGAUCAACAACCCCUCCAACUCGCCAGAAGAGUUCGCCGCCAGCAUGGCCCGCGACCUCUCGCUGAGCGGCGAGUUCACCACGGCCAUUGCCCACUGCAUCCGCGAGCAGUCGCAGCUCUUCACAAAGAGCCUCUACAGCGUCGGCCACCCCUUUGACGGAAGACCGGUUGAGGACUCGGACCUGGUGUCCGCUUUUCUGCAAACCCCCUUGCCCUCCGUCUUCCGGCCGCAGCAGCAGGCCAAGGAAUACGCCCCAUACAUGUACGAACUCAACGAGGCCGACCUCGAGAGGAACGAGAUGGUCUUCUCCAGGGAACAGCGACGGCAAAAACGCUCCAUCAACAGGAGAGGCGGGCCGCAGCUCCCCGACCUCAAGGAGAGGCAACGGACCAUCCGCACCCUCAUUGUCUCCUCCGUCCUGCCCGGUGCCGCGACUGACGUCGAGGAGAGCCGGCUCUACAAGAGGGCCGCGGGCGCAUCGCGCAAGAGAACAACGCGUGACGGAGAGAUAUCCGACUCAGACGAGAGCGAGGACUCGGCCCCCGAGUCCCCUGCACCAUCAUACCUCGUCGGCGGCACUGCUCGGACCAGGGGGAUGCGCGGGGCGGCCUCGGCGGCUCAGCAGAGGAUGGCGAACCUGGGCCGCUCCGAGACGCCCGAGGUGAGCGCCGCGCUCCACCACCACGAGACGAGGACGUCGCGCCGCUUCCGCGAGGAAACUGAGGAGCCUCUGCACCUGUGGGUGACGCUCAGGAUCAACAAAGACAAGCUGCGGAGGGUGAUGAGGGGCGACUACCGCGACCUGAGAACGGCGUCCCAGCCGCAGACGCCCUUACCGGCAGUCCAUGCCAGAGCCCCCAGCGCCUCGGGCGGACUGCGGACAAGGCCACCGCUGCCACCGCCGCCGUCUGCCCCCGCCGCGUCGACUCCCCAACCCCCCGGAGCCUAUCCUCCCGGCCAGAUCGGCCGCCUGCCCGCCCCUCCGCCCGUCCCGGGCCAGUCGCCUCCGCCCGCCCCCCCUCCCCCCGAAUGGCUCAUCUCGGCUCUGAAGCAGCUGGAGACGCAGUACCCCAACGGCGACAACUUUGAGGCCAUUAUGAAAUAUUCGUACCUCGACCCUGUGACAGAGCUGCCUAUCCAGAGCCAGCCGCUCCCCGACGGCGUCAAGUACGCCUGGCUGCCGCGCAUCCGGUGCCUCGACUGUACAACGAAGCUCUACACGCCCGGCCCGGACAUGACGGCGCAGAAGUUUGAGGCCCACCUCAAGUUCUCGGGCCACCGUGACAAGGUGAGGCAGAGGCUCGCUGCGCAAAGCGCUGCCGCCGACGCCGGGCCGUCUGGCUGA